CUUGUGGUGUGAGAGAGGUAGACUUGUUUCCAAUGGAAAGAAAAUAAACACUUGAACUGAGAGGGAACAACAGCAAUGCAGGCCGAAAAGCCGUUAAAAUGGAUUUCUUGUGAUUCUAAAGUGGCAGAGUUGUGCUGCAGGGACGUUUAUACACAUAAACUAUGGCCAGUUUAGGAAAUGAUAUGAUUUUUAAGUUUGCUUACAGAUUGUUGUCGCAAAAUUAUCAAAUUAGAUUAUUGGUGUUGUUACUCACCCGUUUAUUGAAUGAUCUAAUUGAUACCCAAAAUAGGAUUCAAUAUUGUUAAUUGCAAUGCUGAUCGCUUACUUUUAUUAGUGUCAUGGAGGAAAUUGAUAACGGGAGUGCGACCAGUACACCGAGAUCCAGUACAACAGAUGGUAGUGGUUCAACUUCAUCUCAGGGCUCUAGUAAUUAUUCGUUUUGCCAAAGAAAAGUGAAGAUACCACCAGAUAUAAAAAAACUUGAUGCGGCCAUGUUAGAGGGACCGUUAAUGAAAAGGCCUGUACCACAACGAUUGGAACCUAUCCAUAUAAAUAAUGCUCACAUAGAACAAGAAAAAAGAGGCAUCCGGGGUAAAAGAGAAGAUUCAAAAACGAUUAUUGCUGAAGGUAAAGUUAAAGGUGAUACUGUACCACGUGAUAUUGUACCGCAUCCUCCAGUAGCAGAAAAACCAAAAACAGGUGUAAGAAGAGGAUCAAGAAAAAGUACUGAUACUACUCCAAGUCCAGAAGUAAAAGACCUUGGUAAAAAUAAACAUAAUGAAUCUGUGGUUGUUUCCUCUCACAGAAAAUCUUCAUCUGAUCAAAAUAAAAACAUUUUUAGAAAAUCAGAUGAUGAAGUUUCACUGAUAAAUUCUUAUGAGAAUUAUCUAAGGCAGCUUUCUAAAAAGGAAGAAGAAAGUGAUGGUGAAAGUGACAUGGAUCGAUCAAAUAAUGAACAAGAUGAUAAAAGUGAAUCUGAUUACGACAGUGAUUCAUCAAGCUAUAGCAUAUCAGUAAGCAGUUUAUCAAGUGAUGAGGAAGAAGAUGAUCCAGCUACAUUAACUUUUUCUACCAAUGCUAUUGAUGGUAAAGAGAAAUUUGAGCCAUUAUAUAGCUUGCCACUAAAACCAAAGAAUAAAGAUACCUUGAAUUCAACUGCAAAUAAAAGCCAGUUAAUGGAUACAUCAGAACAUAAAUAUGCUGUUUUAAAUGCAUCUAUUCAAAGUGAGGAAUUACGAACUCAGUCAGUACCUGAUCUAAGAACUGGCAAAAGCUUUAGAACAUUAGACACUUUAGGGUAUCUAUGUCCCAAGGAAAUAAGGCAAAAUCUAGAUUUAACACAAAAUAUAUCUUCUCCAGAGUUGAAAAGAGAAACUAAUUUUGGCUUGAAAUAUAGGCCUUUGCCAGAUAUUCCUGUCCAAAAACAACAUGAUAGAAGUCCUGAGAAAUCAAAAAAUGAUGAGACAAUUUAUGAGCAAAUAAAGACAAGAGAUUUUGCAGAUAAUUCAACUUCACCAGCCAAAUCAAAAGUCUCUUUCAAAGCAAUUGCAGACAGAGUUGUUUCUUUGAUGCCAAGGCUAACCACCAAAGAGGCAAGAAGCAAAGAAAUUGACAGAUAUAUGGCUGAUAUAUUUCGAUAUCUACCAGAUAAAACAUUGAGAAUAUUUUGUGGUACUUGGAACAUGAAAGGGAUUAAGGUGGUUCCUGAAACAUUAGAUGAUUACAUUCUUCCACAUGAUAGUGAGUUUAUUCAAGACAUUUAUGCCAUUGGUUGCCAAGAGGGAACACCUUUCAGGAAAGAAUGGGAAAUCCGCUUGCAAGAGACACUUGGUCCUACUCAUGUAUUAAUGUAUUCUGGAAAUUUUGGGGUUUUGCAUCUAUCAAUUUUCAUUCGAAGAGAGCUUGUUUGGUUUUGUACUGGUAUUGAGCAAGACACAGUUGCAAACAGAAUAGCUCAUAAAAUAAAAACCAAGGGUGCUAUAGCUGUUUGUUUCAAUGUAUUUGGGACGUCUCUCCUUUUUAUCAACUCACAUUUUGCAUCAAACCAAGAGAAAUUAAAAGAACGUGUUAAUGACUAUAAAUCAAUUUGUCGCUCGUUGACUAUUCCGUUUGGAGAGGGAGAUAAUCAAAACAGAGACGCUGAUGUCACUUCAAGAUUUGACCGUGUCUUUUGGUUUGGUGAUUUCAAUUUUCGCAUCAAUAAGAAAAGAGCCGAAACAGAUGAAAUAUUUGGAAAGAAAGAUUUCGAUGAUGAAACGAAAAGAGACCAGUUUAUCAUAGAGGAGCUCAAACCGCAUGACCAGCUAGGUCAUUUAAUGGAAAAAGGUAAAAUCUUUCACGGUUUUAAAGAGGCACCAAUCACAUUUCUACCGACUUACAAAUUUGAUGUGAACACAGAUAACUACGAUUCAUCAGCGAAGGCGAGAGUUCCUUCAUGGACUGACAGAAUCUUGUACAAAUCAAGACAGCCGGACCAGAUUAAGGUGGCAGCCUAUAGUUCCUGCACGACUAUAAAAUGCUCGGAUCAUAGGCCUGUCUUUUGCGUAAUGGAAGCAAAAAUCGAACCACUAAAGAAAAACUUACUACUUCCAGUAGCCAUGUUUGAUAGAGACAUAUAUGUAGAGGCAAACAUGCGACGCUCUGCACCAAAAGGCAGCCAACAAGCCAGCAACAUUUGUACUAUACUGUAACAUAGACUGAAAAAUAUCUGUACAAUUUUUGUAAAAUAUUGGUAAGAUUAGCUACGUUUAUCUUCGUUGUUUAUAGUGUAUGUGCUCAAGAGUUUUAUAUUGGCAUAUUGCCUGUUAUUAUAAUUAUCGACGAUAUUAUUGAAUAGCUAAAUUUUAAGGGAUUUUUAAAUUCAAUUAAAUCUUCUGGGCAUUCAGUUU